AUGAAAGAUUGGUCAUUGAAGCUUGAUGAUGCUCUGUGGGCUUACAGAACAGCCUAUAAAACUUCCAUUGGUAUAUCUCCAUAUAAGCUCAUUUUUGGCAAGGCUUGUCAUCUACCGGUUGAGCUUGAGCACAGAUCUUAUUGGGCGAUAAAGAAGCUGAAUUUGGACUUGGUACAAGUUGGCAAAAAGAGGUUGUUGCAAUUGCACGAGUUGGAUAUAUUUUGCUAUCAUGGAUAUGAGAACGCGAAGAUGUACAAGGAGCGGACAAAGAGAAUUUACGACAAGCACAUCCAACCUCGUGAGUUUGAGCCUGGGCAGUUAGCUUUGUUGUAUAAUUCCCGGCCGAAGAUUUUUUGCGGGAAGUUCAAGAAUAAGUGGUCUGGACCUUUUGAGAUAGUGCGUGUGACAGCACAUAGAGCAAUUGAGUUGAAAAAGUUGAAUUCUGACGAGUCAUUUUUGGUGAAUAGGCAACGAGUGAAGAACUACUUUGGAGAGGUCACUGAUCGCGAGAGGACCUCGGUGGAAUUGGAAAAGGCUUAA